AUGUCUGGAGAAACUCUUCCAUCCACAGUGUCGUCCACCAUGGACAACUUGUUCUCCCCUGCCGGGUUGUUCUUCCUGCUAAACCUCAUGAUUGCCUCCAUCGCCAUUUCUUCCAGGCUCAGCAGCAGCAGCAGCAACGAUCACGGAACCAGCGAACAUGACGACCGAUACCAACAGCAACAAGAACAAGGAGAAGAAGAACAAACCCCAUCAAACUCUAGUUCUGACACACCAACCGAUACCGAACCUCUCUCGAGAUCGCCGUCCCUAUUGGGAAGGUUCAGACUCUUCGAUAUUGGCAGGAGCGGCAUGCCCCACCAAGAACAAGAACCAGCAGAACCAGAGCACGAGCAAGAAACAGAGCGGCAGCUCGACAACGAUGAUCAGUCUUACGAAGAGAUAUCCAGGAGCAUGAGGGCAGAUGAUGCUCGGGAGGAAACGCGGGACACAGAAGUGCAGUCCAGGAUGAGAAGGUCAUGGAGCAUAAAGUCCGACUCCGGGCAAUAUCAGCGAGCUGGCGAAAGUAGCGGUGAAGAAGAAGAGGUGGUAGAGAGGAGGAGGCCGGCAACAGCGAGGGAUUUGAGGGAAGGGGACGAGGAGGUGGAUGCGAAGGCCGACGACUUCAUCAACCGGUUCAAGCAGCAGCUUAGGUUGCAGCGGAUAGAAUCGCUCACAAGGUACGGGGCGAUGAUGGGCUUAAGUGGAAAGAAGUAA